AUGUAUCGGAAGUUGUCUAAGUUAGAACACUCGGAAAUAAAACAACUUCUUACAGAAGCUAAUAUAGAUGUUGCAAAGCAUUACGCAACAAACAAAAAGGCACUCGCUGACAUCCUCAAUGACUACAAUGGUGAAAUAACUUAUGAUAGAAUUCAUGAGUUCAUAAAUGCAAGAGCAUUUCCUUUAAAUGACGUUGCUAUUGACUUAUAUCAUAGACGUUCAAUACCUCAUGAAGUAAGGCGUGAGAUGUUUGACAUAACAAAUGCGAACGUUGGUCAUACUCGUAAAGCUCUUUCUCAUGAUGUUCGUCAAGAGAUGUUUGACAUAACAAAUGCAAACGUUGGUGAAACACGAAAGAGAGACGACACACUGAAACAACAGAGAAGAGAGAUGUUUAAAAGAGCUAUAGAACAAGUUCGUAAAGCUAACGAUGUCAUUCGUUCCAUUGACGACAAACCAAAAGAAGGUGAGAGAUGGUUAAAGAAAGAUGAAGAGAAUAGGAAGAGAAAUGUGAAGUCAGGCAAUAGACUCAUUGACUUUAACAUCGAAGCUUUAGAUGAACCAAACAGAGACUACUUACACAAACAUUUCGGUAAGGUUUUCAUGAGACUCUUAGAGAAAAUUAAAAUAAACUCCCAACAAAGAUGGAUGGUAUGUUAUAAACUUGGUGGAAAGUAUGAAUGUUCUACGUUAAACCUCAAUAAUAUUGGAACAUUACUACAUCAGCUCUUGAAGGAGAACUUUAUAUCAGAGAUAGAAGCAAAUGCUGCAGGUAUUGUUGAAAUGCACUAUGACUUCUUCUUGACAAACAUAAAG